GUGGCCAUAUUGGGUUGGGCUGAAGGGAAGAUGCAUUAUGAAACUCAACAGCCAUAAUAUUUUUAAAUUGCAUGUUACCUGAAGAUCGAAAAGCAUUUGGCAAAGGAUAUACUCAUGCGCGGGAGGAACGCAUAAAAGCACAUUAGUAGUGGUAUAUAUGGUCGGAGUCUACUCUCGCCCUCUAAUUUUGCUCUCUCUUGAUCCUGCUGGUCUCCCUUCCUAACAGGCAAAGGAAGAGGAAGCAAGGAUUGCUUGCGGCCAUGGAGUUGGUGGUGGGCGCCUCCGAGGCGACGAUGAAGUCGCUCCUGGGCAAGCUGGGCGGCCUUCUCGCCCAUGAGUACACCUUGAUCAGGGGCGUGAACGGCGACCUCCAGUACAUCAACGACGAGCUGGCCACCAUGCAGUCCUUCCUCCGCGAGCUCGCCACCUCGGGCUACGGCAACGACGACGGUCACGGGCCCCUGAUGAAGGACUGGAUGAAGCAGAUCCGCGACAUCACCUACGACAUCGAGGACACCAUUGACGACUCCUCUCACAGCCUCCAUGGCCUACGGACCACCAUAUGCUGCUACUUCCUCGUCAACUACGUCUACGAGGUCCUCACGUGGUGGCCUCGCCGCAACGUCGCCAGCAGGAUCGCCAUACUGAAGGAGCGCGCGCAGCAGAUCAGCGAGCGGCGCAACAGGUACGGCGUGAACAACCCGGACAGGGACGGCAACAAGAACACCGGCGGUUCCAGCAAGGCCUCUCGAUUCGAGGCCGCGGACAACCAGGACGCAAGGCUCCAGCUUGUCACCAUGAAGGAGCCAGUCGGAGUGGAGAUGCACAUGAGGAAGCUCGACAAGUGGGUGACUUACAUAGUCGGGUUUGGAGGUGUGGGGAAGACCGCCAUCGCCACCGCCAUGUACAAGAACUUUGGGGACGAGUAUGACUACUGUGCCAUGGUCACGGUAUCUCAGAGCUCCGACUUGGAGGCCAUCCUCAUGAGCAUCAAGAGUCAAGUCAAACCGGAGACCAGCAAUCAGGAACAGCAUGGCGGCUCGAAAGAGAGCCGUGUCGCACAAGCCCUCAAGAACGUACGGCAUCGCGUCAACCAGGGCACAUCGGCUGUCCUGGCCAAGUGCUACUGCGCCGGCACAUCCGAGGGAACGGGUGAGAGGUCCAGCAAGCUGGAUAGACUCAAGAAAGAGUUAGAGGAGCACUUCCGAGAUAAAAGCUUCCUGGUCGUAAUUGAUGAUGUAUGGUCUGCAACGAUGUUGGACAAGAUUAUAAAUGAACUUCCUAACCAUAAUGCUAAUAAAGAUAAUAGAAUAAUAGUUACCACACGGUUUCAUGCUGUUGCCACAACGCGAAGAGGAGGAGCCGAUAUCCGUAAAGUUAAAGGUCUUGGCGAUGAAGAAUCCAAGAAGUUAUUCAGACAAGCUUUCCUUGAGUCCACAACAUCCAAGAUAGAAGAAGGUAGUGAAGAUGUCCCAUUUCCAGAUGAAGUUUGGAAGGUAUGUGGAGGACUACCAUUGGCCAUAGUUACCAUGGGUGGUCAUGUCGCGUGCAACCCCAACGUAUCACAAGAUACAUGGUCCAAACUUAGAAGUUCUCUAUUCCCAGAAUCAGGAAAAGAUCAUGGUAAAGAUGGUGGGAAAGACAUCACCCAAGAGGAAGUGGGUAGGAUUGUUAGCUAUUGCUACAAUGACAUGUCUGCUGAAAUCAAGACAUGCUCUUUGUAUUUGAGCAUAUUUCCAAAGGGCCACAAAAUCAGUAGGAAGCGACUGACGAGGCGAUGGAUUGCUGAAGGUUUCGUCUGUGAAAAGCAAGGGCUGAGUGUGGAGGAUGUUGCAGAUGCAUAUUUCAAUCACCUCAUAAGGAGGAAGAUGAUCCGAGCAGUUGAGCAUAGCAGCAAUGGAAAGGUUAAGAAAUUUGUAGUUCAUGACAUGGUCCUUGAGCAUAUUGUUGCUAAGGCAAGUGAAGAGAAUUUCAUCACUGUGGUUGGUGGUAAUUGGCUCAUGCCACCUCCUAGCAGCAAGGUCCGUCGAUUGUCUCUCCAAGGCAGUGAUUCUAAACAUGCAAAGGAUGCAGAGAAUAUGAACUUGUCUCAUGUUCGGUCAUUGACCAUGUUUGGGAAUUUGAACAACCAGUUACCUUCCCAUUCAUUCAAGUUUGGAAUUGUGCAAGUCUUGGAUCUUGAAGGUUGUACAGGUUUCAAACACCACCAUACAAAAGAGAUAUGCAAAAUGCUUCUUCUGAAGUUUCUGAGCCUCCGGAGAACUGACACCAAAGAGCUUCCAAAAAAGAUUGACAAGCUUGUGAACCUGGAGACCUUGGACAUAAGAGAGACAAAUGUUGUUGAGUUGCCAAAAACUAUAUGCCAGCUUGAACGGCUAGUUAACAUAAUUGGUGGGAAUAAAAAAACACGGAUGGCAUUGAAGCUUCCGGAAGAGAUGAGUAAGAAAAAGAAAAUGAAGGCCUUGCGCAUACUAUCAGGUAUUGAGAUAGUUGGGGAGUCAAUGGACUUUCACCAUUUGACCGAGCUGAGGAAACUUGCCAUCUACAAGCUCAAAACAAUCAGAGGUCGUGCAAGUUUUGAUGAAUUAAGCUCCUCCAUCGAGUACCUUGGUGGAUAUUCUCUACACACACUCAUAAUUGUUGAUGAAUCAUCUGAGUUCCUAAAAUCAUUGGAUGCUUUGUCUACACCUCCAAAAUUCCUGACUGCUCUUGAGUUAUCUGGAAAGAUGGUUAAGCUCCCUAGCUGGAUAAACCAACUCAAUGCUCUUAGCAAACUAACCCUGUCAGUGACAGCUCUUCGAAAAGACAACUUGGAGAACCUCAGCAAACUAGAGGUGUUGUUUUCUCUCACCUUUUCAUUUAAGGCAGAAAAGCUAGAUCCAGAAACAUUGACAACUCUUGCUGAAAAUAAGUUGCACUCUGACGGGGAGAUUAGAAUUCCAGAUGGGGGAUUCAAGAGUCUUAAGCUUCUUCGCUUCUCAGCUCCUCUCUUGCCAUUAAUGAGCUUUUCACACAAUGCAAUGCCAGAACUAGAAAGGCUCGAGCUAAACUUCAAAAUGCUGGAGGGACUUUUUGGUGUAGAAAAUCUUGUCAAACUCAAAAUAGUCCACUUGAAAUUAGAUGGCAAAGGUGGUGGAGAUAUUACCAAGCAGAUACAUGAUGAGAUGAAGACUGCAGUGGAGAAGAACCCCAAGAAACCGAAGAUAAUCCUUGAUCUAACUGAAUGAACAAAGGCAAGUCAUCAUGCCUAUUAAGUCCUUGCAUGUCUGAAUCCAUGAUAUUUGGAUGAACGUUCGUGUGUUUGUUUCUUAUCUUUAUGUGUGAAUGAAGUGUGAUGAAGAACAUCAUGAUCUCCUCAAGUUCAUGAGAAUAUGUGUGUAUUGUAUGUCUUUAAUACCUAAGUAAUGUGGCCUUGACAAGCUUUGUUGCCAAGCCAUAUGUUGUGCUAAGUUCAUUUUACCUGCGAUGAAAAAUAAUUGUGGUGGUGAUGUAGUUAAUCCUAUGUAUUUUAUGUUCUAAGUGAAUG